AUGGAAGAUUCAGAAUCUGAUUAGCAAUUUUUGCUAGGAGGAGGAGCAACAACUACUCAAGAAAAUGCCCUAAUAAGUUUUGGCAGUCAUUAUCAACCAAUAGCCUUACUUAUAGAAGAUGGGCUUUAAUUAUGGAAAAAUAGAUUCAAUGUAUUUGUUCAAGGGAAUGUAGUUUAAAUCAAAUUAGACAAUAAAUAUAAGGAUUAUUACGCUGCUAUAAUUCUCGGAAAUAACUAGCUAGGUGCUUUUUAUAAUGAUUAAAUAAGCGUUGUAAUAGGAGAUGUAUUACUCGAUGGAGAUAUUAUCUCAGCCUAUUAAAGUUAAUUAUUAGAACCUGACUCUUCAGUUUAAGAUUUAUACUAUAUAUAUCCUAAAGUAAUUUUCCUUGUUAAUGAAGAAAAACAUAAUCUGUAAAAAGUGAUAAAUUUUGAUACUACUCUUACUGGUUCCACAUUAAGAUAUGUGCUGACAAGAGAUUCCUCAAAAACACAAAUGGCUAGUUUGCUUGUUGAUGGUAUGACUAUCUAUCUAAGUGGCUCCUUGUAUUCUGCUACUAAUAAAUAUUACUACGCUUCUAUUUAGUCAUUUUUUACUGUAACUUUGCCUUAGUAAUUAUUUGGAAUGAAUAUUUUUCAGAGUGUAACUCCUAAUCAAUAUUUCUAAAAGCUAGCUCUAUUUAAUGCAAAAGAUGCUUUAGCUGCUUGUACUGCUUCCUAUGAUCUCUCUUCGAAUAUUAGAUAUAUUAUUUUUCUUAAAGGUAAAUAAAAUAAACCCUACGACAUUAAGUAUUGGUAAUAUGAUGUUAAAACUUAUGGAGAAUGCUAGGCAAUUUAAAUUUUUGAUGAUUUAGAUGUUUUAAUGAUCACUAUUUCUUAAAAUAGUCCAGUCAUAGUUCGUUUGGUUCAGAUACAAUUUUCCACCAGCAAACUUAAGGUAUUAUCAAGCCUUAAUUUAGGAAAUAAUUAAUUCAACUUUAAAAUGAGCUAAAUUACUAUUCAAAAAGAAGGAUUUUUAGUAGGAUAUGUGAACAGAAUAAAUAAAAAUGGAUUAUCCUAUUCUUUAAAAUCUAAGAAAGGAUACCUAUUGAGCUUAAAUGAUUCAUAUUCCUGCUUCUCAAUUGAAAUGCAAAGCUAGAUUGAUGUGGAAAUUUAAAAAUUAAAAUCUGCAUCAUUAUUUAUCGAUGUUAAAUUUAAAACAUCAACAGGCCCUUUCCCUAACUUAGAUUUCAAUGAUUUUGCAAUUUUAAAUGUUGGAUUAUUCGAGAUUAAAAUGAUGGAUUAAUCUUUGUAUAGUUUCUGUACAAAUUUUAAAGCUACAAAUUUCAGGAGUUAGACAUACUUAAUAGGUACGUAAAAGCUAGAGUUAGCAAAUAUCGGAAAUUUUAAAUACAACUGCGAUGAUAUACCACCCAAAGGAUAUUAUAAAGCCUAGCUAGUAGAGAAUCAAAAUUUGGUAGCUCUUAGGGAUUUUAUGAAAUUUGAUGAAUCUAACGGAAUUCUUAGAGUAUAAACCAAUGAAUUAUCAAAUGCAGGCCAAUAUCAAAUAAGAAUUACUGGUAAAAUACCUGAUUAAAUAGCAGAAAUACUUCAAAUAAAUCUUACAGUAUAAUACCAACUAAAAGCUCCAGAAUUCAUCGGAAUAUUGUCAAACUUCAAUUAGCCAUUAAAUUAAAUGUGA